GUUUAAAAAAAAAAAAAACUUUGCUUCCAGGUCACGGCGGGGGUGUGGUGGCCCAAACAGAACAGCGAGCUGCAAUGGCUGGUCCCAAAAGCAGAUGCCACUCAUCCUGAUCCCAAUGGCAACAGCAGCAGCAAAGGCUUCUUUGGGGGAAACCAUGGAGCAGCGGCUGCAGCAGGCCCAGACCUUCAAGGAGGAAGGGAACCACUGUUACAAACAGAGCCGUUUCCGGGACGCUGUGAGCCGCUACCACUGGGCCUUGCUGCAGGUGAAAGGGCUGGAUCCCAGCGUGCCUUCCCCCUUGCAGGAGUUUGGGGCAGAGAGGCCUCCUGUGACACCAGAACAGGAAAAGGUGCUCCACAGCAUCCAGAGCGACUGCUACAAUAAUCUUGCUGCGUGCCUUCUCCAAAUGGAACCUGUCAACUACGAUCGGGUGAAAGAGUACAGCCUAAAAGUCCUAGAAAGGCAGCCGGAGAAUGCCAAAGCGCUGUACCGGGCCGGAGUGGCUUUCUACCACCUGCGGGAUUAUGAUAGAGCCCGGCACCAUCUCCUGGCAGCAACCAGCAAGCAGCCCAAAGACACCAGUGUGAAGCGUUACUUGCAGCUGACGGAAUCUCAGCUGAGCAGUUACCACCAGAAGGAAAAGCAGUUGUAUAUGGGGAUGUUUGGCUAAAAGCGAUGGGUCCUCCAUGAAAUCACUUGGUGUUGCUGUUUUCAGGUGGGGACGGAUUGGGGACGGACUGUGCUACCCCCAAGCGAUUCCCUCCUCUUCACUGCAGCUAAAAUAAGACCAAAUGGAUAGAUUUGCUCCCUGUUUCACGUUUUUCUUCCAUCUGUCUGGUAAAGUAUUUUGGGAAACUUAA